GCAGAGUCAGGGGCACGGCACUUCUGUGCUGCCCAGGAUUUAUUUAGGUGCAGUAAGGGACCAUGGCAAUUAAGAACAAUUAAUGACAGUCUGCGAGCUGGGGCAGGGGGAGGAUGGCUUGGACCUAACCUGUCAUUGAGCCGUGGGCUCUGUGGAUGCUUUGCUGUGACGGAGGGCCGAGGGCUGACCAAGUCGUGGGGAGGAUUUGUAUGUAGGAAGAGAGGAGAUGGCUGUGCAGCGUGCUCCCGAAUCUGCUCUGAGCUUGCUGAUGAUGACAGAGGGUCGCAGAUGCCAAGUGCACCUCCUUGAUGACAGGAAGCUGGAGCUCCUUGUUCAGCCAAAGCUUUUGGCCAAGGAGCUGCUUGACUUGGUGGCAUCUCAUUUCAACCUGAAGGAGAAGGAGUACUUUGGAAUUGCAUUCACAGAUGAAACGGGACACUUGAACUGGCUUCAGCUGGACCGCCGGGUGCUGGAACAUGACUUCCCCAAAAAGUCAGGACCAGUUGUUUUGUACUUUUGUGUCAGGUUCUACAUUGAAAGCAUCUCCUAUCUGAAGGACAAUGCUACCAUCGAGCUGUUCUUCUUGAACGCCAAGUCCUGCAUCUACAAGGAACUCAUUGAGGUUGACAGUGAAGUGGUGUUUGAACUGGCUGCAUACAUCUUGCAGGAGGCAAAGGGAGAUUUUUCAAGCAAUGAAGUUGUAAGGAAUGAAUUAAAGAAGCUGCCAGCCCUUCCAACACCAGCGCUGAAGGAGCAUCCUUCCCUCGCUUACUGUGAGGAUCGAGUCAUUGAACAUUACAAGAAACUAAAUGGUCAGACAAGAGGUCAAGCAAUUGUGAACUACAUGAGCAUUGUAGAGUCCCUCCCAACGUACGGAGUGCAUUAUUACGCAGUAAAGGACAAGCAGGGAAUUCCAUGGUGGUUAGGACUUAGCUACAAGGGGAUUUUUCAAUAUGACUACCAUGAUAAAGUGAAACCAAGAAAGAUCUUCCAAUGGAGGCAGCUGGAGAACCUCUAUUUCCGCGAGAAGAAGUUCUCCGUGGAGGUGCACGAUCCGCGCAGGGCAUCUGUGACCAGGAGGACUUUUGGGCAUAGUGGCAUUGCUGUGCACACGUGGUAUGCCUGUCCAGCAUUAAUAAAGUCCAUCUGGGCUAUGGCCAUUAGUCAACACCAGUUCUACCUGGACAGGAAGCAAAGCAAGUCCAAGAUUCAUGCUGCAAGAAGCCUGAGUGAGAUUGCAAUUGACCUGACUGAAACUGGAACCCUCAAGACCUCAAAGCUGGCCAACAUGGGGAGUAAAGGCAAAAUUAUCAGUGGAAGCAGCGGGAGUCUCCUGUCAUCAGGUUCCCAAGAGUCAGACAGCUCUCAGUCUGCCAAGAAGGACAUGCUGGCUGCACUGAAGUCCAGGCAAGAGGCUUUGGAGGAGACGCUGCGCCAGCGCUUGGAGGAGCUGAAGAAACUCUGCCUGCGGGAAGCGGAGCUCACAGGGAAGCUGCCACGAGAAUACCCCCUGGAUCCUGGGGAGGAGCCACCUAUUGUAAGGAGAAGAAUAGGAACUGCCUUUAAACUGGAUGAGCAGAAAAUCCUGCCUAAGGGAGAGGAGGCAGAGCUGGAGCGCCUGGAGAGGGAAUUUGCCAUUCAGUCCCAGAUCACGGAGGCUGCGCGGCGCCUGGCCAGCGACCCCAACGUCAGCAAAAAGCUGAAGAAGCAGAGGAAGACUUCCUACCUGAAUGCCCUGAAGAAACUGCAGGAGAUUGAGAAUGCCAUCAACGAGUACCGCAUCAAAUCCGGGAAGAAGCCAACCCAGAGGGCCUCCCUGAUCAUAGAUGAAGGAAACAUUGCCAGUGAAGACAGCUCCCUCUCGGAUGCCCUUGUUCUUGAGGAUGAGGACUCUCAGGUCACCAGCACAAUCUCCCCCCUGCAGUCCCCCCACAAGGGGCUCCCUCCGCGGCCGCCGCUGCACAGCCGGCCGCCGCCGCCGCAGUCGCUGGAGGGGCUGCGCCAGAUGCAUUUCCACCGCAGCGACUACGACAAGUCCCCCAUCAAACCCAAGAUGUGGAGCGAGUCAUCCCUGGAUGAGCCCUAUGAGAAGGUCAAGAAGCGCUCCUCGCACGGCCAUUCCAGCAGCCACAAGCGGUUCCCCAGCAGCGGGAGCUGUGCUGAGGCAGGAGGCAGCAGCUCACUGCAGAACAGCCCCAUCCGGAGCCUUCCCCACUGGAAUUCCCAGUCCAGCAUGCCGUCGACGCCGGAUCUGCGGGUGCGCAGCCCGCACUACGUCCACUCCACGAGGUCAGUAGAUAUCAGCCCAACCAGACUGCACAGCUUAGCUCAGCACUUUAGACACCGGAGCUCCAGUUUGGAGUCACAAGGAAAGCUCCUGGGCUCAGAAAAUGAGACAGGGAGCCCUGAUUUCUACACCCCAAGGACUCGUAGCAGUAAUGGCUCUGACCCCAUGGACGACUGCUCUUCCUGCACCAGCCAUUCCAGCUCGGAGCACUACUACCCUGCUCAGAUGAACCCCAACUACUCCACCCUGGCAGAGGAUUCCCCGUCGAAAGCCAGAGAGCGGCAGAGGCAAAGGCACAAAUCAGCAGGAAACCUGGUCUCUUCCAAUUCAGGGAGCAUGCCCAACCUGGCUGCGAGGAACGGGACGGGACACCACCGUGUCUACCUGCACAGCCAGAGCCAGCCCUCCUCCCAGUACAGGAUCAAAGAGUAUCCCCUGUACAUCGAGGGCAGCUCCACGCCCGUGGUGGUGCGGAGCCUGGAGAACGACCAGGAGGGACACUACAGCGUGAAAGCACAAUUCAAAACCUCCAACUCCUACACAGCAGGGGGAAUGUUUAAGGAGAACUGGCACGGGGAUGAAGUGGACUCUGUCAGGCUCACCCCAUCCCGCUCCCAGAUCAUAAGGACUCCAUCUCUGGGCAGGGAGGGCCACGAGAAGGGCUCGGGCAGGACUGCGGUGUCGGACGAGCUGCGGCUCUGGUACCAGCGCUCCACGGCCUCCCACAAGGAGCACAGCCACCUCUCGCACACCAGCUCCACCUCCUCGGACAGCAGCUCCCAGUACAGCACAUCUUCUCAAAGCACCUUUGUGGCACACAGCCGGGUCACGAGAAUGCCUCAGAUGUGUAAAGCAACAUCAGCUGCCUUACCUCACAGCCAGAGGAGUUCCACGCCGUCGAGCGAGCUCGCAGCCACGCCGCCGGGCAGCCCCCACCACAUCCUCACCUGGCAGACUGGGAACUACAAUGAUAGCUGUUUCCUGGAUUCUCCCCUCUAUCCAGAAUUAGCAGAUGUCCAGUGGUAUGGGCAGGAAAAAGCCAAGCCUGGAACUCUAGUGUGAACCCCUGACCUCAAGUUAAUCACAUCAAUGCCAUUCUGAGAUCACCUCACUGCCUCUCAUUUGCCUUACCCAGAUGCACUGUCACCCAGCACCAGCUUCAACUCUAAGCACUUUUCUCACGAUGCAAUUCCAGACAACAUUUGUGGAACGCCGGCCCUGAGCCAUGCACCCUGGCAGAGCAGCACAUCCCCCUGCCAGAGGGUGCCCAUCCCUCCCAUGGCCACGGGGCAGAGAGGAGCAGCCAUCUGGAGAGCCAGUUUCAAAACUGGGUUUCCUUUCCUUCCAAGGCUUCUAUCAAAGAUUAGUGUUCCACAGCAUGUAACAGCAGCAAGAGUUCCAUGACCUGCAAGCUGAAGCCAACAGCAUUAGUUUGAAGGGGGUGGGAGCAGGACAGAGGCUGAGAAAUGGAGACCAUAUUCCUGAAAGUGCAUCUGUUCUGAAACAGUAAAUCCCAUCACUUCAGAGCUGUGUCAGUCUCACAAUCAGGUCAGCACUGCCAAAGAUCUCCACACCACCGUUGGCAGGAUGAGUUGCUCAGCAAGUUCUAGCUACAAGAACAUCUCCCUUCUUUAACUCAGUGGCAGCCACGACCACCCCCUGCAAAAUGGCAUUUCCUUCUUCAUUUGGAGCCCACCUACACACAAGCAAAAGAACCCCCAGUGCUGCAGACACACCCGAGGUCUGGGCUGGUGUCACAGCAUCGCUGUCUGCGAGCCACUCCUGGACUGGACACACAAGGUUUACAAAGGCAUCACCUAAAGCAGAGGUGAGUACUGCACUCACAGCAGCUCUGUGGCUGGCACAGAGCCCACCAAUACAUGGAGAGGUUGGGAUUGUACUGGUUGAUUUGAUACAGAUAAAAAUUGCCAAAAAAAACCUUUCCACAAGCAGACCUGGCCAAUGAAUUGGGAUCUGUCUCUGCACAAGGGAAAGCACAUCGAGCUGACACGGCCAAGCUGCGUUCACGUAUUGGUCCCACUCCUCUUCCCUUCAUUAGCACCAGUGUAGCAAAGGGCUCGUCACCCGUGUGCUGCCGUGUGGGAGAGCUGCUCUAGCCCCUGGAAGGCUCCUGGAGUAGGGUUGGACAUCCAGCAGACAGGGAAAUCUUCCCCUUGGGAGAGAGAGAAGGGGAAGCGACCGAGCGAGGCGCCGCACGAGCAGCACGAGCGCGGCCUGGAAGGAGCUGCGAGUUUACACGUACUUUAGAGCAAUGCUUUAUACAUGUCAAGCCAUGGAACUUCCAAAGGCCUCAAAGACACUUUUGUAAGCAAGGAACAAGUGCACAAUCUAGGUGGAUGUUGAAGCUGGCACGUCUUAGUCUUCACUGCGGUGCUAUGCUGUUUUUAUUGCCACUCGAUGGGGGCGGCGCCCGGCCUGCCCCCGUCGGUGCGUGCAAACGAUGAUUUCCUAUGGGAAAGGCAUUAACAGAAACGGCUGGAGGGGGUUACUUUGUGAAAAGCAGAAACUGAAGUUAGCUUUAGUUUAAGGAAAAAGGAAAAAAAAAAAGUGUGAGAGUGUGUAUGUGUGUGUGAGUGUGUGUGUUCCAAGAAUAACAACAGCGUCUACCAGACAAAGUAGAGCGAAACGUUUCAAAUUAAACACCACGACUUGGGGGGCUGCCACACCUUUUGGUAUUAAGAUUGCUGGAAAACUGCAUUCCAGGCUUUAAAAGAGAAUGGGUUCUGUGUAAUUAGGCUUUGAAAAACGAUGGGGUUUCUAAACAUUAAUGCGAGCAGCUCAUGCUAAUUCCUUUUCUGCAACUCACACCAGAAGUGUUGGCUUUGGUUCCCUGCACUGCUGCUUUGCAUCCCUGGUGAGGUGGGGAGGAGGCCUUGCAGAGAUCAGGCAGGACAGGCAGUUAUAAUAAUUAUUAUAUAUAUAAAGGCUGUUAUUUGUCCAGGGAAACCUGUGGCAGAGCCAGGGCUGGAUGGGGCUCUGAGCAGCCUGGUCCAGGGAAGGUGUCCCUGUGCCAUGGCAGGGCUGGAACUGGAUGAUGUCACUUCCAACACAAACCAUUCCAUAAUGCCAUUGUAAGGAAACUCUUUUAUGUUCACACAUGAAGCAUAAAUGAAUUAUCCCUCUGAGAAAAACCCACAAAAACCCUGGCAAAGGGUUUACAAAGGUGACCACACAAACCUUGUGCUUCUGGGCCUCCCUGAAGCAUCAGCCAGGAGUGCAGUGCACCGUGACAGUAAUUGAAGCCUUGCUUUCAGUUCUGGAAGAACAGCCAGUGGUGAGAUUGCAGCCUUUAUCUGGACAAGCAAAAUGCUCUUUUCACCAUCUCUUUGUGCUUUGGGGUCUUUAACAUGGGAAUUAUUUCAAGCUCCUAAUUGGAUUUUUAGCUGGAUAAGAGAUAGUACUGAUUAAUGACAUUUACUGAUAAAAUUUGGUAGCUGAAGUAAAAGGAUUAAAUAAGGACCAAAUUAAGCUACAGCAAAUAAUUUAGCCCAAGGAUUUUUAGGGGCUCUGAGCAACUGUCUGUUUUCUUUUUAAUUUCCCUGGUAAGUGGUUUGGGUUUGUUUUUUUUUUUCUGUGUACCUUCUUUUAAUUAAAAAGAAUUCAACAACAGCGGCACUAUGAGGCCUCUGGGCACUACAGGAAGAAACAUUAAUUCCUCCAAGACCAGCUCUGCAGUUUUGCAGCAAAGGUUAAAAGGUGGCAGCCCUGAAAUUAGGGGGGAGGGGGAAAUAAAAAUAUUUAGCCUGAAUUGCAAACAGGCUGGAGUGGAAGAAGAAGCUUUCUAGAAACGGAUUGAGUUUUGCUUUGUGUUCUGCUUUUCUGGUUUGCAAUCAAGGCACAUGUGAGCAGCCAGUCUGGUAGUAAAGACAGAUUAAGUAAAACAGGUUUUACUGUUUAGCUCAAUUCAAUUAAACACAAAUGUACAUAAAAUGUUAAUCAUAUGAGAUUAACAUAUUUAAGUAUAACACGGAGGGGCAUAUACAUAGCUAUUAUAGACAAGCACUUGACUACCAACUUAACCCCUCGUUUACUUUUUUAUUUUCCAAGGCUCCAUCUGCCAUAAAGCCACAACCACGUUCAGUCUCUGUGUCUGACACUCCCUCUGUGUGGGCAGGAGCCAGGGGACAGCCCCUGCAGGGGCUGUGCUGGGAGGCAGGGUUUAUUUUUAAAUGAUAUUAUAUGCAGUCGAGUGUUGAAAAUGUUGAAUCAGUCCAAUUUGUUUUCACUCUGUAUUAGUUUUAGUUUCAGGCAUAGCCAAUCCCCAUUCAGGUGCUAUCAGAUGACCAGUUACUGCUUAGUUAACUAGAUGUAAAGUUUUACAUAUAUAUUAAUGUCAAUAGUUUUAUUACAAGUUGUGUAAAAUGGACUCUCUAGUUUAAAAAAAAGGAAAAAAAAAAAGAAGAAAAAAAUUAGGUCUCUCCUGAAAUUGACUUUAGAGCAUGGAAAAUGAUUUUACUGGAUUCUGUUCAACUGUAAUCAAGGAAAAAAAUAUGUAUGUUGUAGAAAAAGUUGCAGAAUUAAAAAAAAAUCUGCUUUUAAUUUAUUCUUUUUGUAUUAAGAAUUUGUAUAGUUACCUUUACAUUUUGCAAAACGGUGUUGUCAACACUUCCUUAUUAAAGCAUUUUCAAAAUGAAA